AUGGCCGAGGAAGGCAUUGCUGCCGGAGGUGUAAUGGACAUUAAUACUGCUUUACAAGAGGUGCCAAAGACCGCCCUCAUCCACGAUGGCCUACCACGUGGAAUUCGCGAAGCUGCCAAAGCCUUAGACAAGCGCCAAGCCCAUCUUUGUGUGCUUGUAUCCAACUGUGAUAAGCCUAUGUAUGUCAAGUUGGUGAAGGCCCUUUGUGCUGAACACCAAAUCAACCUAAUCAAGGCUGAUGACAACAAGAAACUAGGGGAAUGGGUAGGCCUCUGUAAAAUUGACAGAGAGGGAAAACCCCGUAAAGUGGUUGGUUGCAGUUGUGUGGUGGUUAAGGACUAUGGCAAAGAGUCUCAGGCGAAAGAUGUCAUCGAUGAAUACUUCAAAUGCAAGUAA